AUGAGUGACUCUGAAAAGCCUGUUAUUAUCCAAGAAGAACAACCAAAAGAGGAGAAAGAGGAUGUUGUAAAAAUUCAAGAAAAUAAUGAUGAUGAUGAACCAAUUGAUAUUGAACCAAUUCAUACAACAACCACACAAAACAAUUGGCAAAAAUUCCCAUUAGUCAUUAUAGUUAAAACUGCUCUUUGGGUUAAAGAAAAAAUUCAGCAAACUAUUGACCUUUCUAUUUAUCUCUUCAUUACUCCUUCAAAAAUAAUUGUUUCUUUUAUGCAAAAGCCACUAGUUAAAAAAAUAACUUCUGGAGUAACUUCAGUCGCCUUAUUUGGUGUAUGUGUUUAUGCCUUUGGCUAUAUCCCAUUCCAAUAUAUCAAACAAUCAAAAGCAUUACAAUUCCACUAA